AUGACCUUAUCUGGCUGUGUGGUCGUCGUUGCCGGUGCAUCCAAGGGCAUUGGCAGAGCCAUCGUCCUGCGUGCGGCCGCCGACGGAGCCAGCGUGGUCAUCAACUACAUGUCCGACGUCAAGGGCGCCAACGCCCUGGUCGCUCAGAUUGGAAGUGAUCGUGCCAUUGCCGUGCGGGCGGACAUCUCCAAGACCGCGGAGGUUGACGAACUUAUUGAAGCCACAGUAGCUCGGUUCGGGCGGAUCGACGUCCUGGUCCCCAACGCGGCCUAUGUGCCCGAGAGCGACCUGCGGAGUGUCACUGAGGAGGACUUUGACCGCGCCUUUGCUGUCAACGUCAAAGGGCCUUGUUUCCUUGCGAAGGCUGGUGCACCCCGCAUAAGUCUAGAGUUUGGAACCCAUGCUGAAAUUCUACCCUCCUCGCAGAAAGCCUUGCCUUACAUGCAGCCGGGGAGUACGAUAAUCUUCAUCUCGACGGACCUUACCGAUGCGUCUUCGGUGCCACCACAUUUCCUUCUUUACGUAUCCACCAAGGGCGCAAUGAACCAGAUGGUCAAGGUCCUGGCGCGGGACCUAGCGGGCGCGGGAAUCCGCGUCAAUGCCGUUUCCCCAGGUGCAACGAGCACAGCGUCCUUUCACAAGGCCAUGGACGAGACCCGGGUACAGAUGAUUGCGAGUCAUAACCCGUUCAACCGGAUCGCGGAGCCGGAUGAGAUUGCCGCAGCGGUUAGUUUGCUGUGGGGGAAGGAUAGUGGUUGGAUUUCGGGUCAGGUUCUGAGAGCCAACAGUGGUGGUAUCGUCUGA